AUGAUUACUAUUAAGAGUUUCUGCACUAAAGCAUUCCACCAUGUAAGUUGUUCUGCUAGAGCUUCCCCAGCCCACAAUAUCCAUUUCCUUCAGAUCCACCCUUUUUCCUCAUCUCUCAAAUCGCUUAAAAACCCAGCAAAUAAAGACCCAUUCACAGUCACUUACCUCAGAAAAUCAUGUGGGUUUUCCCCAGAAGAAGCUAUUUCGGCAUCUAAGCGUGUCAAUUUCGAAUCUCCCGAAAGGCCAGACUCUGUACUGGCAUUCUUCCAGAACCAUGAAUUCACCAAAACCCAGAUCUCAAACCUCAUUAAAAAGUUCCCUCGGUUACUCUUAUCUGAUCCCAAUAAAAUCCUUUUGCCCAAAUUCGAGUUUCUCAAAUCUAAAGGCAUUUCAGCCAAAGAUGUUGCCAGAAUAGUAUCCACAUCCCCACUUGCUUUGAGAAGCUUGGAAAACUUAAUCAUCCCGUCUUUCAAUUUCUGCCGUAAUUAUUUUCAAUCCGAAGAGAAAGCCGUAGCUGCUGUUAAACGAUGUGCUAUGCUUCUUUUGUUAGAUGAGCUAACUCAUGUCACACCCAAUAUUGCAAUACUGCGUGAAGCUGGUGUGCCAAAUGACAGUAUUAUGCGUUCGUUGACGAACCAACCCAGACCAUUCAUGAUGCGCAGCAAUGAGUUUCGACAGAUUGUGGAGGAUGUGCAAAAAAUAGGGUUUGAUCCUUUGAAACACAGUUUUUUUAGAGCAAUUCAUGUUUUGAGGGCAGUGAGUAAAUCUAGGUGGGAGAAGAAGGUUGAGGUUUAUAAGAAAUGGGGUUGGACUGCAGAUGAGAUUUUUGUAGCUUUUAAGCUGCAUCCGGAUUGUAUGGGAGCUUCGGAGGGUAAGAUCAACCGGGUAAUGGAUUUUGUUGUCAAUCAAAUCGGUUGGGAGCCUUCAUUUAUUGCAAGACGGCCAGUACUCAUUUCAUUGAGCUUGGAGAAGAGGAUCAUUCCAAGGUUUGCCAUUUAUCAAGUUUUGUCGUCUAAGGGUAUAAUUAAGACCAAAGAUAUUUAUUGGACGACACUGCAAACUUCUGAAAAGCAGUUUCUAGAGAAGUUUGUUAUAUGUUACGGGGAAGAAGCUCCCGAGCUACUGAAGUUGUAUAAGGAAAAGUUAGUGCUUGCAAUGUAG